AUGGCUAGGGCCUCUCCAUUCUCUUCAUUGGAACAUGCAAUUACGGUUGCCAAAGAUAUAUGGUCCCGUAAGUUGAAUGUUAGGUCUUGGUUGGAGGCUAUAUCAGGACGAUCUUGUUCUAAUGAAUACUUGGAAAUGGCGAAUGAAGCUACUGUGCAGGAACUUCAUGAAUAUGGAUCAAGGUACGAGGAGAAAUUUGGCUAUGUUUUUGUGACAUUUGUAGCUGGUAGGACCUCUAAAGACAUACUUGUUGAAUUAAAUUUGGAGAUUGCUUCAAAAGAGAAAUUGAAGUAUAUAGAACGUGCUAUUAGAGAGCUUCUUUCCAAGAAAUCUGUCCAAACUACCGACGAAGGAGAUGUGUCAACUGAAUAUUCAGGCAAAAUAGUUGCUGACACUCUAGAUGGAGCAGGCAUUGAUUCAGAAGACGAUUUAGAUGCUAUCUCCUUCGGUGGAUAUGACAUCGCUAGGAAUGCUGAGCUCGAUAAUGUUCCAAAAAAAGACAAUGAAACUUUAAACACCCAGCAUAGAGAAGAUGAAGUAGAUGCUGCAGAAAGGGUUUCAAUCUGA